AGUGGAGAAAACUUGUGGAGAUGAAAGCAUGUUUGAACAGAUAACAGCAAGCGAAGUAGCAGGCUACGCCGUCGGAGCUCUGCUCCUCUCCGCCACCAUUUCAGCCCCCAAGAUCGACUCCUUCAUCUCCUCUUCUCAGCGCAGUUCUUUAGGCCUGUGUAAGAGAUGCGGUGAUGUGAAUCGUAUCGCUUGUCGGAAAUGCAAAGGCUCUGGACUCAUCAGACAAGGAGGCCCUUUCCCUUUAACUCCUAUUGUUUCUCAGAAAUCCACUUCACUUUCUUGCACCUACUGUGCUGGAAGAGGCUGCUUUUCCUGCCCACAAUGCUCAUCCAAGCAACCUUAAUUCACUACUUAUCUUGUAGUAUUCCAUGUUUUACGUUUUAGUGAGUUUGUUUCUCAAACACAUACUACAUACAAAGUUAUAGCUUCACAAUAAAUUCAAUUCUGUCCAAA